AUGACACCUAAGUUCAUGCUUGAACAUGAACGAUUAACGGAACAAGUACAAGCAUCAAUUCGCACUACCUCAACACCACCUUCUUUAUCAACAACUCCAAAAGAACAUGAAAGAAAAGAAUGGAUCAAAUCACAUAGAACAACUACUAAUUUAAGUUCUUAUACUAGAAGAAGUGCUCCAACUGCAAAGCAAUUUCUUGGUCGUUCAAAAACACUUGAAGAAGAUAAUGAAAUGUUUAAGCCUACAACACCACCAUCUCCUUCAUUUGUUCCUGUUGUACCUAGAAUGUGGGUUGCAAUGAAUCGCCAACCAACAAAAGAAGAAAUAUGUAAAUCUCCAGAAAUAUAUAAAGAUUUUAAUUGUUUUGCUGAAGAUAGGCAAGGAUGGAAAGAAAAAUCAAUAUUAGAUCAAUUACCUUUUUAUGCUAUCGCUAAAGAACUUAAAAUACAAAUAUGUACUUGGAAUAUUAAUCAAGGUUUAUAUGAUCAAGAAAUUGUUGAUAAAUGGACUUCAUUAUUAUCAGAAAAACCAGAUAUUGUUGCACUAGGUGUUCAAGAAUUAGAUAUGAGUGUUGAUGCAAUUAUAACUGGAAAAAAAUAUAGUGAACGAGCAGAACAAUGGAAAGAUGUUAUUUGUAAAUCUAUUAAUAGGAAUGGAGGAAAUGAAUAUGAUGAAUCAGGAUGGUAUCAGCUUUGUGGGAUUGUAUUAUUUGUAUUUGUUCAUAAACAUAUUAAAAGUCAAAUUAAAAUGUUUGGAUUAUCUGAAUGUCGUACUGGAGCAAUGAGUGGAAAAUUAGCGAAUAAAGGAGGAGUAGCAAUUGGAAUGAAAAUUUAUGAUUCAACUAUUUGUUUUGUUAAUAGUCAUUUAGCAGCACAUCAAGAAUUUUGUGAAAGAAGAAAUAAAGAUUGGGAAGAGAUUAGUAAAAUGAAAAUUAAAUAUUAUAAUAAUACUUCACCACUUUUUAUUCCUCUAUUACAACAUGACGUAGUAAUAUGGAUGGGUGAUUUAAAUUAUAGAAUAGAUAUGGAAGAUAGUGAAGUAAGAAAAUUAGUUCGAGAAAGAGAUUUAACAACUUUAUAUCGUAAUGAUCAAUUAUUUAAUUCAAGAAUGAAAAAGAAAGUCUUUCAAAAUUUUAAAGAAGCAAAAAUUACAUUUCUGCCAACAUUUAAAAUUAAAAUUGGAAAUGGAGAAUAUGUAGAUAACAGAGUUCCUUCAUGGUGUGAUCGUGUGUUAUAUAAAACUGAAAGAAGACAUGGAGUUAUUGUAGAAAAGUAUACAUCAUUUGAAUUAUAUAAUUCAGACCAUAAACCAGUUAGUGCAUUUAUGAAAGUAUAUUUACAAGAAAUUAAUAAAGAAAAAAAGAAAAUGGUUGAAGAGUUUAUGGACAAAGCUGAGAAAUGGUAUUCAAUGGUUGUUGUUCCAGAAGUAUCAGCAUCAAUGACAUUUUUUGAAUUUAGAGGGGUAAAUGUUCUUACAGAAUAUAGUCAAGAAAUAACUAUUGUGAAUACAGGAAAGUCAAGACUUCACCUUACUCUUAUCCAAGAUGAACAAAAAGAAAAUUUACAUCUUUGGGCAAAAGUCCAAAUGAGUACUGAUAGAAUUGAAAUUAUGGAAGGAAAAGAUACAGCAAAAGUAAAAGUUAGUAUUAAAUUUGAUUUACAUUCAGCUCAUUUGUAUCAAGAAAAAGAGGCUUGUAAAUUUGCUUUUGAAAUAGGAAUAAAAUAUACUAAACAUACCAUUCCUAUUGUUGUUAAAGUUUAUCCAAAACAAUCUUGUAUUGGAAUGUCAUUAAAAAGUUUAUCAUUAUUAGAUCGUCCUGUUCGUGGUAAUGUUUUAAAUUCUUAUCAAAGAUUACCUUUUACCAUCCCGAAAGAAAUUUAUAGAUUAGUUGAUAAAUUGUUAUCUCUAAGUAGUGAAGAAAUUCAAAAUUGUUUUAUUCAAAAAUCAACUCCAACUCAAAGACAAGAAGUUCUUGAUUCUCUUGAUAAAGAUAGUCAAUUCUUACCAGGAAUAUUAGCAUCAAGUUAUUUAGAUAUUCUUUUGGUUGUAUUAGCAGGACUUCAAGAUUCAUUAUUACAUGAUAAUUUUAUCUCAGAAAUUAAAUAUUAUGCAAAUGACCUUGAACUAGCUAAACGUUAUGUUAUUUAUAUGAUGGAAGAAACUCAUAGAAAUGUAUUUCUUUAUAUAUUGAAAACUAUAAAAGAACUUAUAGAAAGAGGUCUUGAUAGAAGAACGGUUAUUCAUUUGUUUGGAUUAACUAUACUUCAUACAAAAAAAGAUGACUACGAAACUCAACAAAUGUGUGAAAGGAUACUUACCUUACUUCUUGAUUCAAUGUAA